AUGUCACCAGCCAACUCUCGGCUUUCUCUGGUCGCUCAGUUUGAUGACUUCUGUCGAAGGCACAGCGUGUUCACGGACACCGCAGCCGAAGAGUUAAUUUUGGAAUUUGUGCGUAACCAGGAAGCGUGCCGCAAGCAGUGGCAUGCCGCCGUCCUCGAAAACGCCGAGCUCAAGAAGCAGAUUGCGUCGCUGACGGAAACCAACGUGGAGCUCGAGCGAAAGCUUGCCCACACUAAGGAAAUCCUGCGCAAAGAGUUGCUGCGCAGAGAAAGAUGCGAAGAAGAGGCUCGGCAUAAGAGCCGCCAACUCGAGCAGGUGCGCGACCUCCUCGCCAAGAACGGCGAGAUUUGUGACGAGACGGCCGAGAAACUCUCGGCUAUCAUGCCUACUCGCAACGGAUCCCCGGAUCACCCGGUCAGGAUGAGCAUCAUCGACGAGUCCGUCGGCUCAGUGCUGUCCCCUUCCAGAGACGACCUGGAUGCCAGUGAGGACUCGGCUGGCUGCUUCGACACGCCCGGCUCGCAGGGCAAGCGUCGGCACAACUUCUUCGACGGCCUGUCGCCGCUUGGAAAGAAAUCAAAGAUAAACGAUGAGGGGGGUCAGCCUCGUGUAAGUGAGGUGCACACAACUGUAACCAUCACUGAUGGCCAGGACCUAGUGGCCACUACACGGGUUGUCGCGCAGCCACCGACACCCUCUGUGCCGGCCAUGCCGACACCGCCGCCACCACCACCACCGACACCCGCUUCUUCGACACCCACGAUGACGCCGAAAUACUCUAGUGGAUCUGCACCGAACACACCGGUUGCUCAGAGGCGCGUGAUGGCAGCAGCCAGUGCCGCCAUGCCGAGGCGGAGCAACUCGGCCGAGAAGCUGCUCUCCCGACAGCACACCUUCUGCCCCAAGACGGUGAUCAAGACCGAGACGUGCGGUCCCUGCGGCAAGCGCAUCAAGUUCUACAGGACAGUCUACAGGUGCAGCCGCUGCAAUGCCAUCUGCCACCCGGAGUGCAAGAACCAGGUGCCACUGCCCUGCAUCCCGGUGUGCGAUACUCCCAAGCGCGGCGGAGCCGGCAACCGUCGAGGCCCCCUCAUCUCGGACCACGCACCGUCCACAGCUCCCAUGGUGCCCGCACUCGUGGUCCACUGCAUUCAGGAGGUGGAACGCAGAGGCCUGGAUUGUGUGGGCAUCUACCGGGUAUCUGGUUCGGAACGUGAGGUGCGUGAAAUAAGGGAACGCUUCCAGCAAGGCAAGGGUGUCCCGAACUUGUCCAAGGCUGACAUCUAUGCCGUCUGCGGAGUUCUCAAGGACUUCUUACGGUCGCUUCGUGAGAGCCUCGUCACCAAGUCGCUGUGGCACACUUUCGUCAGCGCAACAGAGCUUGAGCACGAGGACCGGGUGUGGGCCAUGUGGCAGGCGGUGACGCAGCUUCCUCCGGCCAACCGGGACACCCUGGCUGCCCUGGUGCUGCACCUGCAGACGGUCGCCGCUCACCCCGAGGCCAAGAUGCCUCUGUCUAACCUGGCACGCGUCUUUGCACCCACCGUGGUUGGGUGCUCGGUCAACGACAUGGCCUCGGUGCCCAACCUCCUACUUGAGAUGGAGCAGCAGAACCAGGUGAUGGAGACGUUGCUGUCGCUGCCAGCAGACUACUGGAAUCAGCUAUUGAACGUCUAGCGCAGUGGAAAAAAAGAAAGCCCUUGGCACUGAGAAACCGGUGUUUGACGGCCUGACCUGGUAUGAGGAAUCCCCUGCUGAUCUCUCGUCCUGGCACGACGUUGCGGCAUGCUGGGACGUCUUCAGUUCUCUCCUUUUUAUUUAUUUAUGCACUUUGACAAUGACUGUACAGUGUGCUAUUUUAAUAAAUUUGUGUUGCGAAAAACCCUUCUUCUGCAC